AGCGGAACACAAGGGAAACGUUCAGAGCUCCACUGACGUAUAUUGGUCCAUCGCCGAGCCCCGCCUUGAUCACUCUUAUUUCGCUCUCUCCCAUGAGUCUGUGACAGCUCCAGCUAGCUAGCUAUCUUUCUGUGUCCAUAGCUGUAAUCUUGGUUAGUGGUCGCAGCCGUUCUUAACGAACGCUUAGGACCCUAGCUAAGAUCAGUAGUCCUGUCUAUCCAUCUGACGUUGACUACACGAGAAUCUCUUUUUCAAACAUUGGAAAUGGCUAGUAACAACAAUCUCAGCCCUGCGCCUCGUCCGGCUAUUGUCGACCAUGUCCUUCUCCAGGACGCCAAUCUUCAUCUACCAGCAGGGCCAGAUCCAUGGCAUCGCCCAGGCAAGGCGCAGCCAUGCACGGUGUCUGUGAAGCUCUCGUAUUCUUCCGCCAUUGCUGCGGCCACUGCAGAUGACGUUUCACUUUCCAUCGACUACGGCAAGCUCUACCGUCGAAUUGAAACUGAUAUCCAGAACGCCGGAAAGAACCCGCCGCCGGAUCUGACUGACAGUGAAAGAGCGAGGAGAACCGACAUACUACUAGGGCACGAUGUGCGAAUCAUUGCCGGGCUGAUUACGGAUUGUGGUCUGGGACUUUUGGACGAGACUAUUGCUGGGGUGCGACGAAUGGCUCAUGUCCACCCAAGCUCGCCGACUCGGAGGCGAGCGAGUCAGGCGAGCCGGAGAAUGAGCGGCGGCUCUUCAGCGGGCUAUGCGCAUCCCGAUUCCGUUGGAUCGGAGGCGUUAGAUCCGACGUUUGGAGAGUGCGAGGUCUCUGUGCAUCUGCCAAAUGCGCAUUUACGGGCUGAAGGGGGAUUGAAAUUUCGUAGCAUGUCCACAUGGGGUUAUGACAGGGCAUAUGGAUCUACAGAAGAUGCGGUAGAAAGUGGCAGGCAGGUAUUGGUCGUGGAACAGGAAUUCCGUAUUGAAGGCAUCCGCUGUUAUUGUAUUCUCGGAGUGAAUUCACACGAAAGAAUCGAGAAACAGUGCGUAAAUAUCACGCUUGCGUUUCGAGGAUCUGGUGAGCCCGCAUGGAGCGCGACAGUUGUUGAUACCUACCAAGAAAUGGUCAAGGUAGUCGCAGAGAGAGUGGAAAAUACUUCGUAUCAGACCGUUGAGGCCCUUGCAACGUUUAUUGCUCGCAUAGCAACGCUCGACUUUGGCAACCACACUGUCACCGUUUCAGUGAAAAAGCCCAGCGCAUUGGCUUUCGUAGAGAAUGCAGGUGUCGAGAUAACGAGAUCCCAGGCGUUCUUUGCUCAGCAGGAUUUCUUGCGAAGAAAGGAAGGCCGUGAGCCUUACUCUUAAGUCGGCUGUGUCUGAAACCCCGGGUUAUCCCUGCAUCUUUGUAUUAUAAAAGCACAGAGGGUGACUGUCAGCAGCCGAAAUUGUAAUUGUUGAUUGAGGCGUUGUCACUGUUACAUUGACGAGUUGCUUUGCCUUCAACGUACAAUCAGUUUGAAUAUGCACGUACUUCAAAAACCGUAGAUAACUGCUUGGACAUGAUCUAGGGUCCGGCUGCCGACCACGUGUGAUUACUACAGGCUCGAGAUGUUCUCCAUAAAUGAGAGGGCAGUAGAUGAUACUUUGUCAUAACAACCAUAAUAU